UGCGUAUCAUUCAUCACACUCUGGCAGAGUACCAAGUUUUUUUUUAUACUCACAAAACCCCAGCCGUCGUCGCUUCUCUCCAUCUGCAACCUGCAAAACCUCCCCAUCGCUCUGUGAGUUAGAUUUGCUUGUGAAGAAAGUAUGGAGGGGAACCUUGAUUCUUCAGGCCACAAGGAGGCACUAGUGAAAGAAGCUCCUCAAUUAGUUGCUUUACUAAAAGAAAUGAAGGAUGGUUUGGAUGUGGUGAGGAGUAAAGUGCAAGCGCUAACUGCAAAGGUGAAAGAAAACCAUUUUCCAACAGCGGAUGGGAUAAGCUACCUUGAGGCCAAGCAUUUGCUUCUUCUAAGCUAUUGCCAAUCGAUCGUCUAUUAUUUGCUUCGUAAGGCAAAAGGGUUCUCUAUUGAGGGGCACCCUGUUGUUCGGAGUCUUGUAGAGAUACGAUUAUUUCUAGAGAAGAUCCGCCCGAUUGAUAAAAAACUUCAAUACCAAGUUCAGAAGCUCACGAGGGCUGCUGGCAAUUCAUUGGAGAAAGUAGCCCCCGAUGAGAAGGAAAGCAAUGCCACUAAGGAUCCAGAAGACCCGUUGAGGUAUAGGCCGAACCCGGACAUGCUUGCUAGCAAAUCGAAUCAGGCCGCUGAGGAUGGUCAAGGUGUAUACCGGCCCCCCAAGUUUGCUCCCACUGCUAUGGAUGAUGAUAAAAUCUCAAAACGGGAGAGAUUGGAAAUGAGAAAGGAUAAGGAAACUUUGCGGCAGGCUAAACAAAGUGCUUAUGUGAAAGAACUCAUGGACAAAUUUGAAGGGAGACCUGAAGAGGUGAGAGAAAUCGUCGGGUCUGAAAGUAAAGAACUCCUUAGAUAUAGGGCGAAGAUGGAAGAGCGUGCAAGGCGAGAAGAAGAACUCUUCACUCGCGCUCCACUUUCAAAGAUGGACAAAAAGAAAGAGAAGCAUCUGAGGAAGUCAAGAAACGGAUUGCUUGGCUUGACGGAUGGUUUCUUUGAUGAAAUUAAAACUCUACCAUUGGAAGAGAAUGGUACUGAGCCAACAUCGGGCUUCCCAAAUACUAGCAGGGAAAGGAGAAAAAGUAACAAGCGCAAGAGGAAGCACUGAUGGUGGCCGAAGCUCCCAUGAGAGUCAUAAGAGCCAGAGUUAGAUUCACUGUGGAAGGUAGCACAUGAGCUUUUGUUAUCCAUAGACCGGCUUUUAUAAAGAGAGAAUUUGCAGAUUCAAAGUUUCAAUGGUUGCAAGGAGAGUUCUGAGGAACGUUGGCUGUGGCUAUUGUUUUGCUUUGUCAUUCAACUAUUGAUGAGGCCUGUUUGCUAAUUAAAAUUCUUUUGAAACAUAAGACUGUUGAUUUGUUGGUACAAAUUCAAAUGGUAGCAGUUGCACCAGCUGGUCCGAGUCCAGUUUCAUGUCAUGUGGGCAGCUGUUUAUUGGACAUCUGCCAAGCUAUCAUGAUAAAUAAGCUGACUGACGCAAAGCCAUUUAGGGUGCAUUUGGUUGCACCAAAUAAAAGAGCAUCUCUCAUACCUACAUGCAUGUUCUUGUUGCCCCCCUACAGACACAGGGAUCACGGCUGCUUGUGGGUGGGCCCGUUGUAUGGGCCAGGCAGCUGGAGCUCUUUCUCUUCAUCUUCUUCUUCCAGCCUCAUGUGCUGGAUCGAGAAAAAGAAAUGGAUAGAAAUGUAUUAUUUCAUGAAGGAAUGUAGAAUACUGGGCCUAUAGUCCCCAUCAUGAACUUGUAAGUUGUCUAUUUAUGUCCUGACUUCCAUUGAGGUGAGCUUUUUUGGG